AACACAACGGAAAAACAAUAUUUAGUUAAAGGUUCCGUAGAAAUAAAAUACCGGUAAUAUUGGAAAAUAUCAAUAGAAUAUGGUAUAUCUCCGUGAGAACACUUUAUUAGCAAUACAGAUGCCGGAGAAGUUUUUAAAUGAAUACAUCGAAAAUGCAACGAUAUUUACACGUUUUAUUAGCAUUUGUUAUAAAAUCUGACAUAAUAGCUUCAUGCGUUAACACAACAGAGGCAAAUAAUCUCUAUUCAAGCCUCCUUAAUGAUUACAACAGCAAACUAUUGCCCCUCACAAAUCAAAGUGAAGCGGCGGAAGUUGGUGUUUUUGUUUAUCUACGUAGUAUCAACACUUUUGAUGAACUGUCCGGUGAAUUAGCGUUAACAUUAAUAUUCAACUUCACAUGGACGGAACAACGUAUGUCAUGGUCUCCUGAAGAUUAUGACGGGAAAACAUCUCUUCUUAUAGCACCGGAAGACAUAUGGCGACCAAAAACUUUUGUACGUGAAUCGUUUGAUAAUAUACAAGAAAUUGGCCAAGGAUCUGAAAUGUUAAGGAUCAACUAUGAAGGAAUAGUUGUGUGGACAAUGGGUUCUGUUACAAAAAUCACUUGUCCAGUUGAUGUGACAUUUUUCCCGUUUGAUAGCCAAUAUUGUUCUAUAACUUUGACUUCCUUUACAGUCAGGAGUGAAGAUGUAAUGUUUCUUUCGUUAAAGCCAUCUCUAAUCACAACCUAUUGGACUGAAAACAGUCAGUGGUUAUACGGAAAUAGCACUGUUUACAACUUUACUAUUCCUGAUGGCCCAUCUGGAAUUAAAAUUAACUUCACAUUAAAGCGGCGAAGUGAAUUUUAUACAAUUUAUAUAGUAGCACCAUUAGUGUUUCUUGGAGGGAUGAAUAAUCUUGUGUUUUCUAUGCCAGCCUCGUCUGGAGAGAGGACAUCGGUGGCUAUCACAGCGUUCUUGUCAUUUGCAGUUUACAUGCAGAUAGUAAACAACAAUGUUCCACAAAGUUCAUCUCCUAUUGCAUAUAUUUAUUACUAUUUAAUGUUUCUUUUAUUGUAUAGUUCAUAUAUAAUGUUUAUGUGCAUAGUGUCUAUGCGAAUAUAUGACAGGAAAGGGAAAAUACCGGUCGUUACUAGAUAUCUUGUAUAUUGUUUAAAAUGUAUGUGUUUUAAAAGGAUGUGCAAAAUUGGAAAAAUAUAUAUUGGUAACGACAAAACGCCCACAAGAGUGUUCAAUGAAAUAGAAACAGAUUUAAGCAAUGGUCAAAUCACUAAUGUUGAUUGUGGCCGAGUUGAAUCUGAUAAAGAUCAGUCAAAGGAAGACUCCAAAGUAGAUGAUGAUCUAACUUGGACAAAUGUCGGAGAAACAUUUGAUACUUACUGUACAUGGUUUAAUUUUUCGGUGUAUUGGACAAUUACAGGUUUUACAAUAAUAUGUCUGUAUUCAAAUGCAGAAAUUUUGAAAUCGUUUCGAUAAUACCAUAUAAAACAAUAAAAGUUUGGUUUAACCGCAUGUUUAACGACCAAUUGAUGUAUAGCAGUUUAAUAGAAAAUUUAAUAAAUUAUUAGAGAAAAACAAUAAUAUAAUUAGACUAAUCGAAAAAAGUAUUAAUUUUGCAAAUAUCAAAAAGGCUAAUAUCAUAGUCAUCAAAAACAUUAUUUGUUCGAUGGAAAAUACAAUAAUAAAACUUAUCAUUUUGCAAUUAAUUCAUCCCAUGUAAAUUAUUUGGUUUCUGUAAAUUGAAAUAUUUUAUGAUUAUGCCAUUAAAUCUUUUAAACAAUAAAUUUGUCAAUUAUAUAUAAAUAUAUAAUUAAAGAAAGACGAAUUUCGUCAUAUUCAAUUAAACGUUUUAUAUGAAAAUGUUGCUUAAGCAAUGUAUAAACGAAAUGUUUGCUUCUGCUGAUACAUCAUUUCUUGCAACUGUAAUCACAACACAAUUCCAAACACAAUAAAGCUUACUAUAUAAAUUAACAAAACGUUAAUUAAUUGUAUAAAUCUGUUGUAUUAUGUACAGUUAAUUAGUAUGAUAUUGAUAAAUCGUAUAUUCAAUUAACAUGUUGAUACUACCUAUGAUAAUCACAACAUUUGAAUCUCAUUCACAUCCAUGUUUUUAAUAAAACAAUGUUUGUUUUUAUGUUUGUAACCCUCACAAUAUAUAAGAUCAUCAUUUAGUAAAUAUGUAAUGGCCGCUUCAUGCUCUGUAACACCUCCUAUAACAAUAAAAUAUAGCGACAAGACUUUUGAAACCAAAUAGUUAGCAUUUGUUAGUGACAUUUUAACUAAGAAUUCGUGUUGUAGCUAGGUUGUUUGGUCUCCAUUUUAUAUUUUAGUAAAGUGUUAAUUGCUUAUACAUAAAAUCUUUUUAAAAAGCAUGAUGUACAACAUUUUGAACAAAAGUGCAAUAAUUGUUGAUGUGAGUGUUUAUUUGUUUUGUUGACACACCUUUUGCUCAUAUCUCAGCUGUCAAUCUACCUUACCGUUUUCCCGGAUAACUUACCAGCAAAUACCAAUAUUUUCGCAAGUUCCUGACUACUAAUCCCACAUGAUUUCUGAAUAAAAUGAGUAUUAGUCUCAAAAUCUGAGAUUCAUAAGUAUUUUGCAAGGUGUUACUUUUAAUUUGGUAACACAAUAUCAUCAUUUUAUUUGUGAUUGCAAUAAAGCUAUCAGAGAAGUUUUGUUGUUGUUGUUGUUGUUUAGAAUCUUUUUUUUUACAUUUUUAAUAUAAUAUUUAAAUUAUGAUUGUUGAAUGAGUUUAAUGUCCGU